GAAAGAAAAUAAAAAAUCGUCUUUAAAUUUUCACACACUCGCAUUAACCCACCAGUGUCUCUUUCACGUUCACGAUGGCGGGGCUUGGGCAAGUGAGUUUACGUAAAACGGGUCAACACAUUUUCGCACGAAACAUCUUCAUUCGACCAACUGCUUUCUAUUCAUCCCAAAAUAAUAAAAAGGGUGGCCCUGCAGCAGUGAGUGCCCGUAUUGAUUCAGUGGGAAAAUCAUUGGCCUCUAAAGGUUUUCUUCGACCCUUCAAACCAUAUGAUGCACCCAACGAUGCCGUUGACAAAAUCAGUGCCAUUUGUGCAAGCCUUAACAUAUCUUCCAAAACAGAUUACAAACUUUCCAACUUAGAAGAAAAGUUUAAAAUUCUAGAUGCUUGUUUCAAAGAUUUCAAACAUUCAGUACCAAAUUCUCAAGUGCAUGAGAUUAACACUGUUGCUGACGUCAUUGAAUUCUACAAGUCUUCAGUUGAUACAACCGUACCUUUUGAUGCGCUGAAAAAAGCCGACUUACCCCCCAAUCUACAUAUUCAGUAUGAAUAUCUUAGGUUUAAUCCAGAAACUGAUACCAAAUUUAAUGGACAAACAGCGUUUCCUAAAAGUUCAACUCUUGUUACUGGACUUAAGUAUCGUGAGAAAUAUCCAGGGCAUAUUGCUAAGCGUUCUUUUCCUUAAAAAUGUUUUUUGUUGAUGUUAAUGGAAAGAAUUAUAAUGUGCUUUGUUUUUUAGAAAAAUAAAACUUUAUUAAAUUUAAAUAA